AUGUCACUCGAAACUACUGUGCACAUGGUGUUGGGGCUUCCUUUACAUCGUAGCAAGAGCUCCAAAAAACUUCCCGUGCAUACUUCCUCUUCGAAACAACCGUUCAAGACACCUAGUUUCUACGUUGUUUUUUUGUUGAACUGUAGAGAAAAAGAUGAUAUAUCACUUUGCACGAUGGUGUCGCUUCAUAGUUGGAGGAGAAGGAGUGUCGAACGAAGUACGUCUAAAACUUGCCUGGUUGUCAGAUUCAUCAUUAUACGCGCGCAAACGUUUGUUUACCGCAGAGUGAGAAGAAAUGAGGAUAUAUACGUCGUCAAAAACACACUUAUGAAAGGCAGAAGGACAUCCGUCCGUUGCCCUGCUGAAUUACUUCAGGAUGUACUGAUGACGUAUGUCGCUAACAGCAGCCACCGGAUACUCGAUCCGGCGUCUCACAUAAGAGGGUACACCAUGCGGUUUGGUAUUCUUUUUUGUAGGCCCGAAAAUAUGAGACAAUUUCUAUGGGCUCUGAUCCCGUCAGCAAUAGGAGCACCUUUUUCUUCAAAUCUUUUAUUAUUUCUCUAUUCUGACGCUGUCAUCGGGACGCGUGAUCUUCACUCACAUAUAAUCUGA